AUGCCUUCUCCUCGCAACAUCCUCUUCAGCCUCCUGGCAGCCUCUCUCUCCUCCACCGCAGUUGCCGAGCAUCUCCGCGCUGUCUGGUCCCAAGGCGACUUCUCCACCAUCUCCGGGCCCGGAACAUCCAACGAGCACGGCCACACCUCCGGCUUCACCAUUCUCAAAGACGACGGCACAGCCAUCUACAGCCAGGCAUACCCCGACGACCACGCACCCUGCUACUCAACCGGCGACGGCCGAGAGUUCACCCUCGGAAACGAUCCCUGCUGGGGCUCAGUCCGAAAGUUCAAGUGCAAGGCCAAGUUCAGCGGCGAUCCUGAGUCCUGCGAGGUCAAGGACAAGGACGGCAACAGCCUUGGAACGGGAGAGGGAAAGACUGACACUACCUUCAUUGGCAUCGCCAUUGCUCAGGAUAGUGCCUGUGUUGUUGAGUUCAACACUGAGGAUGGCGAGGACUGCCCUGCCGAUGAGGAGAACAACCUCGGAGUCACAGAGGGUUAA